AAUUUAACAGCUGUUAGAUGACAUAACCUUAAAAAAUUUAAAGAGAAAAGAAUAACACAAAAUGUUGCGAAAGGUUAGUCCCUUGAUUAAAAAGGUAGCACAACACAGUAAUGCUAAUUUAGUUAGAAAUCUUAGCUCAACUGCGUCAUUGCGAGCCAGUGUUUAUGAACCGGAUUAUUUAGAGUCACUGAAACCUAAAUAUCCUCAAUAUGAAAGUCUAAAUGUACAAAUUAAAGGCUACGAUUAUCCAAUUUUGGAAAGUUAUCAACGUUAUUUGCACAGUGUAGCUGAGUAUUUGGAUCUUGAAGUUGCCGAUUGUUAUGCUCUGCCACCACAAAAUAUGACCGUUCAACGGCUUAAACCCAAUUCCACAGUAGUCGACUCCGAAUAUCGUUUAACAGUUUACGAACGUAACAUACAACUUCAAGAUGUUGAUGUACCAUUGUAUCCUAUGUUUUUAAGAAUAGCACAAGCCGCUUUACCCGAAGGUGUACAACUUACCGUACAGGAACAUACCGAUGAAUGUGAAGAGAGACGUUAUGUACCUGACAAAGAUCUGCUAGAACUUAAAGCUGAAUUGGAAAAAAUGGGUGGUGGUUCAAAGAAAAAGUAAAUAAAUAUUUUAUUUAAUUGUUGAUUUAUUUCUUGUUUUAAGUAACCAUACAAAUUGUAUAAAAAAAUAAAAAACGAAUAAUAAAUUUAAUAAAUUAUAAAUAAAACUCUCUUGUACUAUCUAAAUAUUGCUAGGAUUUCCAUUUUAACAA